UCAUGGCAGCGAUCAAAGUCCAUGGAAGCCCUCUCUCAACAAAUACACUGCGAGUUCUCGCUACCGUUUAUGAGAAAGAGCUUGACCAUGAGUUUGUUCUUGUAGACAUGAGUGCUGGUGAACAUAAAAAAGAACACUUCCUGUCGACCCACAAUCCAUUUGGUCAAGUUCCAGCUUUUGAAGAUGGAGAUCUCAAGCUCUUUGAAUCAAGGGCAAUUACUAGAUACAUUGCCUGUGAGUAUGCUGACAAGGGAACCCAGCUGAUAUACCAAGACUCUAAGAAGAUGGCAAUUACGUCUGUUUGGAUGGAAGUGGAGGGCCAACAGUAUGAACAGAUAGCUGCAAAACUAGCCUGGGAGCUGGUAUAUAAGCCAUUACUGCUUGGCAUGAGUGCAGACAAAGCAAUUGUGGAGGAAAAUGAACCUAAGCUAGCUAAGGUCCUCGAUAUCUAUGAGAGUCGACUAGCUCAGUCAAAAUACUUGGGAGAUGAUUGCUUCACCCCAGCGGAUUUGCACCAUUUGCCCACUUUGCAUUACUUGUUUGGGGCACAAGUUAAAAAGCUGUUUGAUUCACGCCCCCAUGUGAAUGCUUGGAUAGCAGACAUUACAGCAAGGCCAGCUUGGUUGAAGGCCCUUGCCUUGCAAAGCCAACAGUAAGGAAUGGACUAUAUGUAUGUGUGCUUUUACUCCAUGUAUUUUGAUUUUAAAUUUCGGAGUCUGCCAUUUUCAAUGUGGAGCCUUGUAUGUUUCUAGAGUUUGUUUUCACAAGUGUUGGGACCCUUACUAAGGUGCAUUGAGGCUUUGUGACUAGACAGUGCAGAGUGCAGGGCAGUGUGUUGGGAUGUGCUGUUGUGACAGAGUGGCAAGGGAGGCUUGUAACCAGUAGCAUUAAAGUGUUGUACUGUUGUACUAUCGUUGUAUUGCAUUAAGUGUUGUACUUAGUUAGUUGAGCUUAGUUAGUUAAGCUGUGCUGUGUUGUACUUAGUUGAGCUUAGCUAGUUAAGCUGUGAAGAGUUGUACCUAGUUAGUUACAACAGGAUAUAAGCUACAAUUUAGAUUGUAAGAAGU